UGUGGACUUUUCGUUCGUUGACUUGAUGAUCAGCUGUGUUGAUGUUGAGGUGAUAAACGGAGGAAUCAACGUUUUAUCAAGGGACUAAUGGAGUCCUUUGAAAAAUGAAAAUGUGAGACGAGUGGAGACUGCCACGACAUCAUCCACUGCCAUGUUUUACAUGAUGAUGAGGAUCAACUUCAAGACGAUCCUGGUUAUUCUGGUGGUGGCCGUUUUGAGUUCGAUUCUGACGUCCUGGAAUGGAUGUGGCACUGGGUAUUUCUUCAGGAGUGGACACCACCACCGGGAUCGUCUUGCCAAUGUUGAGCCAGGCUAUCAAGAAAUAGACUGCAAUAUCAAUGGUGGAUACUUGAUAAGUUGUCGUCGUGAGGGAGAUGAAGUUUACAUUCCCUUUUCCUUCAUCCACAAGUACUUCGAGAUAUACGGAAAAUUGGUGACGUACGAUGGUUUGGAGCGUUUCGAGUGGUUGCACAGUUACUCGAAGAUCGUUUCACCAAAGGGUCGAUAUGAUCCUCGAGGUGUCUUCAUGACCUUCGAGAAUUACAACGUAGAAGUGCGUGAGCGAGUGAAAUGCGUGACUGGUCUCGACGGUGUUCCAAUGUCAACCCAAUGGGAGAGCCAGGGUUACUACUACCCAACGCAAAUAGCACAAUUCGGUUUAUCCCAUUACAGUAAAAAUCUGACAGAGCCCGAGCCCCACCGGAAGAUCCUCGAGGACGGUGAUAAAAUAAAACAGGACUGGCUGGUUCCCCAGGGCUCAGUGAUGUCACGUCCCUACGACGUCCAGACCAAUUCCUACGUGUUAAAAUACGCCUCCCCCGAGACAAGCACCUCAGGUAUAUCCCUGAGCCUCGACCACGUCCUGUCGUUCGUCCUGAAGCUUGACCUCAGCAUCAAGGACAAUGGGAGCAUCACAGUCCUCAUGCAGCAUCGAGAAAAGAGAGACUUCUACCAUUUGCACUACACCACCACGAAUAUUCCCCUCCAGUCCCUCAAUAAUCACAUCUACUACGGCAUUGGCAGCACCAAUAAUCUCUGGAGAAGACUCACUAGAGAUCUCGUCGUUGAUCUGCAGAAAGGAUUGAGCUUCAAUGACAAGGGAAAAUCGAAGAAGCUGUCGAGGUCGAAGCUGAAGCUCUUAAAAAUAAUUUUGAAUGGCUCUGGGAAGAUUGAUAAUGUCAGUCUUUCAACCAGUGAACAUAUGGAGCAGUUUUAUGACUCUGCCAAGUGGUUUGUGGCCAAUCAGAAUGUCUCAUCUGGAGGAUGGGCUAAUCCAGUUAGGAGAAAAGUAGCUAAUGGCAUGGGUACGCUGGAUCCUGGAUGGUACUCUGCCAUGGGACAGGGACAUGGAAUUUCUGUACUCUCCAGGGCUUAUUAUCAUUCUGGUGAGGAGAGGUAUCUUCAGGCUGCUGUCAGGGCCCUGAAACCCUUCAGGAUUGCUUCCAGCAGGGGUGGAGUGGAGGCGAUGUUUUUGGAUAAAUUUGUUUGGUAUGAGGAAUAUCCCACUACACCCUCUUCUUUUAUUCUCAAUGGAUUCAUAUACUCGCUUGUUGGGCUUUAUGAUCUCAAGACUAUUGCCUCGGGUAAGGAUUCUCUUGAGGCUCAGGAACUUUUUGAUAAGGGCAUGCUCUCAUUGAAGAAUAUGCUCACAUUAUUUGAUACUGGCUAUGGUACUACUUAUGAUCUCAGGCAUUUCACACUCAAAACUGCUCCCAAUGUUGCCAGGUGGGAUUAUCAUUCGACUCAUAUCAAUCAGCUAUUGCUACUUAGUACUGUUGACAGUGAUCAGGUCUUUGGAAUCACUGCUGAGAGAUGGAUUGGCUACAUGAAUGGAAAAAGAGCCGCUCAUAAUUGAAAUGGGGAGAAAAAAAAUGGAAAUUUUCAAUUCAUUUUCUGAAAAAUCUUUCAACCUUUUCGGGGACUUUAAAAUUAAUAUUAAAUUUAUUGAAAUCCGUUUUCCUGGCAAUAGACAGGGGAAUUGAGCAAUUUUUUAAGAUUGUACAUUGUUCUGUCUUGUUUGACGUGUGUGACAGGUGGUUAUCUCUUUUUUUUUAUUAUUAUUUUAUGUUUAAUAUUUCGGGUUGAAUAAUUUUGACUGAGUUUUCUAGAUUUUCAGGGGUCAGUGAUUUUUAAUUCCUUUAAGAGUCCAGUGAAAUGAAGAUAUUAUUUAUAAAUGAAAUAUUACCGGUGAAGAACAAUUGUCAAAUGAUUUUUCAUUGUGAAAUUCUGUAAAAAUGGGACAGAGCGCAUAUUUCAGAAUUUUUCUCGACAGUAAGAGCUCAAAAACAAAUUGACCAAUUGAGUUCACUCCUCAAAUGGAACGAGUCGUUCAAUUUUCACAAUUAAAACUAGACCAAUAAUCGAGGGAGAUUUAAAUACCGGUGAAAAAUGGUUUUUGCACCUAAUCGAGAAGUCAAAGGUGAAACAUUAAUACUUAGUCCUACCUCUAAUCCUUCAAAUGAAAUGUCAAUUUGAAUGGAGAAUCGGAUUUUCAUCGAAUGUUUUUGUAAUAAUGGUGUCACCAAUUUUCUAGAGUCCUCAGUCCAUUUAUUUUUUAUUCACACCAGCAAAUAGAUUAAAAUUAAAUGGCACGCUAAUCGUCGGAAUGAGUGACUUUAAAUCAAAUAUUUCGUACUGCGAAUAGUUCAACAGGGUAGAAAAAUAGAUUGUACGAGUGUCUUUAAUUCCUUCUCCCCUUUUUCAAUGAUUUAUUUUAAUCUUAACAUUCCAUUUGUUUUGUACAAAGAGAUGAAUAGUAUUUACUUAAGUUUUCUGGAAUGAUUGGGACAGAAAAAUUGAGAGACUUCAUUUUUUAUAAUUUUUGGGGAGCUUUCAUAAUUCUUUUGGCCAUUGGCGGAUGACAAUUAUCUCAGAAUGAGAAAUUGAAAUUGAAUUUAGUCGAAUAAAAAUAGAUACCUCCCUUUUAUGACGUACGACAAUACUGUAGGAUGAGAGAAUAGAAUACAUUAUUUAUGCCACUCCACGAUUAAAUAAUUAUGUAGUCCAUUGACUUUUGUGGACGGCGAAAAUUUUGUAGAGAAUGAUAUCUGAAGAAAAAUUCUUGUUCAUUGGGGAAAAAAAAUUUAUCUUCGGGAAAAUCUGAGGAAAAUUCAUCUGCACUGGAAUUUUUCUCGGUUUCGCAAUUUUUUUUUCGUGGAUAAAUGAGAAAAUCGUGCGAAAGGAUGAUUUU